GCUGCGGUUCGGACGUGUUUUUUUCCAGCCCUGCUCCCCUGGCAAACGGAAUACUCAGUCAAGGAGCUAAGGAUUAUUUCGUGUGUGUCCUGUUUAAAGAAAACCAACUUGAAGUUGCAAAGUGAACUGUUAAGCCGAAGAAAAAACCGACUGUUUGGCAGUGGAAGUUAAAUUGAAUUAAGUGUAUUCUAAAUGCCAAUUAUCGCGUCUUUCUAAUCCAAUUAUCAGCAACAAAAUGGGCCUGGAAUUCUUCUUUAAAUUUGGCUAUGCCUUCUUAACGAUAACCCUAAUGAUUAUGAUAUGGAUGUCGCUGGCUCGCGCCUCGAUGUUCGCCCGGGAAAUGGAGGAGACACACUACCCGCCUUGCACCUACAAUGUCAUGUGUACCUGCUCCAAAUCCUCCACAGAUCUGGGGAUAGUGCACUGCAAGAACGUUCCCUUUCCAGCACUGCCGCGCAUGGUAAACCAAUCCAAGGUUUUCAUGUUGCACAUGGAAAACACAGGACUUCGCGAAAUAGAGCCAUACUUCCUGCAAUCGACGGGGAUGUACCGCCUCAAGAUUUCGGGAAAUCAUUUAACAGAAAUUCCUGACGACGCCUUCACAGGUCUGGAGCGAUCGUUGUGGGAGCUAAUCCUGCCGCAGAACGACCUUGUGGAAAUACCCUCAAAGUCGUUGCGACACUUGCAGAAACUGCGACACCUGGAUCUGGGCUACAAUCACAUAACGCACAUUCAACACGACUCGUUCCGCGGACUGGAGGACUCGCUGCAGACGCUGAUCCUGCGCGAGAACUGCAUCUCGCAGCUGCAGUCGCACAGUUUCUCCGGCCUGCUCAUACUGGAAACUCUUGAUCUGAGUGGCAAUAAUCUGUUUGAGAUUGACCCCAACGUAUUUGUGGACGGUAUGCCCAGACUGACCCGCCUCCUCUUGACGGAUAACAUUCUCUCGGAGAUUCCUUACGACGCUUUGGGUCCUUUGAAGAGCCUUCGCACUUUGGAUAUUUCACACAAUGUCAUCUGGUCGCUGAGUGGUAACGAGACGUACGACAUCAAGGCUAGCACUAAGCUGAAUUUGGAUAAUCUUCACCUGGAGUACAACCACAUCGAGGUUCUGCCCCCUAACUCUUUCAAAUAUUUUGAUACUGUUAAUCGCACCUUCUUUGAUGGAAAUCCUAUACAUACUCUGAAGGAGGAUGCUUUUAAGCCAGCUCGUAUUAGGGAAAUCUACAUGAGGUACUGCGGCCUGACUAACAUCUCCCCGGUGGCCUUUGAUAGUCUGGUGAACAGCCUGCAGAUCCUCGACCUGUCUGGAAACAAUCUCACCAAGCUGCAUCAUAAGCUCUUCAACAAUUUCGAUGUCUUGAGAGUCAUCAGCAUGCGGGACAACAAGAUUAAAAUCCAGAAACCGACGGAAACAUUCAAUGCCGUGCACUACACGCUCCUAAAGUUAGACCUCAGUGGGGAUCGCAAUGAUCCUACCAAUCUGCAAACGUUGCGCAAUAUGACCAGAAUAAGGAACAUGCGCUCGCUGUCCAUCUCUCGUCUGGGAUCAUCCUCCGUGGGUCCCGAGGACUUCAAGGACUUUGGUGUGGAGUUGGAGGAUCUACAGAUUACCCGGGCCAGUCUGUCUGGAAUUCAGUCGCACGCCUUUAAGCAUGUGAGGGGUCUGAAACGAUUGGACUUUAGUGAGAAUGGAAUAUCCAACAUUGAGAACGAUGCCUUCCAUGAGAUUGGACAUUCAUUGAUAUCCUUGAAAAUGUCGCAUGGAUACUCCGGAAGCGCCUUGCCCGCCGAAGCUCUUCGUCACUUGACAUCCCUCCAGGAGUUGGAUUUUAGCAACAAUCACAUUAGUAGCAUGAGCGACACUAGCUUCCAUUUCCUCAAAAACCUGCGACUCCUCGAACUGCAUGACAACCGAAUUGAACAGGUCUUGAAGGGCACUUUCCAGGGCGACAUCCAUUCAAAGCUCGAGGAGAUCUCACUUCGUUUUAAUCAUCUGACUUCCGUUUCCCAGCACACGUUCUUCGAUCUCGAAGCUCUGCGGAAACUGCAACUGGACGACAACAAAAUUGACAAAAUCGAGCGAAGGGCCUUCAUGAAUCUGGAUGAGCUGGAGUAUCUGAGUUUGAGGGGCAACAAGAUUAAUAAUCUGGCAGAGGAAUCCUUCCAGAACUUGCCCAAGUUGGAGAUUUUGGAUAUGGCCUUCAAUCAACUUCCCAACUUUAACUUUGAUUACUUCGAUCAGGUGGGCACAUUGUCGAACCUAAAUGUUAAUGUGAGCCACAAUCAGAUCAGGCAAUUGAUGUACAACUCUUCCUGGAGUGGACGAAAUGAGCAUGGCGGCAUGUACCAUUCGAACAUCAAGAUAUUGGAUUUGUCUCACAACAAUAUAUCCAUUAUACAUCCUGGCUAUUUCCGACCAGCUGAGAUAUCAUUGACUCACCUACAUCUGGGCUACAAUUCGUUAAUGAAUACCACACGUGAUGUUUUUGGAAACAUGCCGCAUUUGCAAUGGCUAGAUCUCAGCUAUAAUUGGAUCCAUGAGCUUGACUUUGAUGCCUUCAAGAACACAAAACAACUGCAAUUGGUGUAUUUCGGUCAUAAUUAUUUAAGUGAUAUCCCCCAGGAUAUAUUCAAGCCUGUGCAAGGACUGCGCAUUGUAGACUUCUCACACAAUCAUUUGAGAGGUCUGCCCGAUAAUCUCUUCUAUAAUGGAGGCAUGGAAAAGUUGGAUGUCUCGCACAAUAUGCUGUUGAAGAUUCCCUCCUCUUCGCUUUCCAGCUUGGCUGCCUUGACUCUCUGUGAACUGCAUUUGUCCAAUAACUUCAUCUCCACCAUUCACAGCAUGGAUCUGUCCAAUAAAUUCAGGUCUCUCCGCUACUUGGACAUCUCCUACAACUAUUUGCUGAGGAUUGACGAUGCCGUUUUCGCCACCAUGCCCAAGCUGGCAGUUUUGGAUCUUUCACACAAUCGAGAUCUGAAAGUGAUGGACAAGUCGUUCAUGGGCCUGGAAAACUCUCUGAUUAAACUGGGUUUGGAAAACGUUUCUCUAAGCACUGUGCCCGAGAUUCGAUUGAAAUACCUCCGAGAAUUCCGCUUGGGCUACAAUGAGUUGCCCUCCAUUCCACAAGAGUUGGCCCACAAUAUGAGCAAUCUGAGAAUGCUGGAUCUUUCCAACAAUGACUUGACCAAUGUCCCAUUGAUGACCCAGUCCCUGCCGCAUUUAAGACGUCUAAUGCUUUCCGGAAAUCCCAUCACCUCCCUGAACAAUAACAGUUUCGAUGGCGUAAAUGAGGACCUUGAAAUGCUAGAUAUAUCCAACUUCCGACUGCAUUAUUUCGAAUAUGGUUGUCUGGACUCGUUGCCGCAUCUGCGUUCUCUGAAACUGACGGCUUAUUCCCACCUGGAGCACUUUAAUAUUCCGCACCUGCUGCGUCAUCACUAUAAUAUUCGCCAAUUGUGGAUAGAGGCGCCACAGCCAUUCACCCGGAUUGUGAAGAAGGGUUCUGGUCCCACCCAGGAGAUGCAGACCCUUCAGCUGGGUAAUCCCACCGAUUUGCAGCGCGAAAUGGAAGGUCAUCUGCCCUCCAAGCUAACAAACAUUACGUUCAGUGGUCCGCAAUUCAGUAACCUCAACGAACGCAUCCUGCGGGGAAUGCGUUCUCCAUACCUUUACAUGCAAUUGUUCAACACCUCGCUGCAAGCCCUGCCACCAAAUUUCUUCAAGUAUUUGGGUCGAGUGCGAAACAUUUCGUUGGAUAUUCGCUACAACAACCACAAUCUGAAAAAGAUUCCGAACCCAAAUACGGGUGCAGUGCCUUAUCUGCCAAAUAGUGUGUUCCUCACCGACCUGAAGAUGUCCCACACGGAUCUCAACUGCGAUUGCGAUUUGGGUUGGGUGGAGUUCUGGCAGCGCAAGAGACGCCAAUACAUCUGCUCCUCGCAGACCUGGACCGACACCGUCUUCCGCACGUUCAUGAACUCUCCUUGCCAGGUGUAUGGAAGACACAAUUGCGACGAUCAUGACGAUGAUCUAAGGGAGACCCGAUGCGAAAACAAGGGUGGUCAACAGCUAAUGGAGGCCCUUAAAUUCGAUUUGGAAUGUGGCUGGGAUAACGCCAAUUGCCGGGAAGCUGCCUUCGUGGUGGUGAUGGUGUGCCUAGCCAUGGUCUUCUGGAUGUGACUUUUGCACUUUGCAUAUAAGACGUCCACCGAGUUUUAUAGCAUUCUAGAGCAAGUCUACGGCAGGCAGGUCAUUUGAGUCCUUAAGUCCUGUCGUGAAGAGUUUAAGCGUGAUGAUGAGACUUUUUUCACUUCUAUUCCCGUGUCUGUUGAUUUAAUUCUCUUCCGUAUACCUUCUCUCACCAAUCCGCUGUGUAGAGCCCAUCUUUAGAGUCCUUGGUAACGCCUUAUAUGUAGAAGUCCUCACCCUCACCUUCACCCUCCAUUUAAUCAGUUCACCUGAUCUCAACUCGCUAUCAUCCCAUGUAUGUAUAUUUUUUAUAGAUCUCAGAUUAGACCUUAUUCUUAAUCCAACUAACUGAUAACCUCGUCUUAGCCACACUUUAUCCACCAAUAUUUUCUGUACUUCUUUUAUAAGUUAGGUCACUUGCGCUGCUUAAACAAUUCCAAAUGAAAGUCUGUAAAAUGUUUCAUAAACAUAUAAUAAAUAUUUACGGUAGGUU